GCACAACAGGAAGUCAGUUCUGGUUCCUGGGUAAAGGUGCUCAGGCAGGAGCGAGCGCCCGGUGCCGGGAGCCGCCGUGGGCUCCGCGAGGCGCUCGUUUCUCGCUCCCAAGAUGAUGGCCGUGUAACUUACAAAAUAUUUUAAUUGAAGAAGCUGUUCUGAAAGCAGAAAUAUGUAGAGAAGUACUUGGUGCUGGAUGGCAUUUGUGUUCUCAUAUGAACCCACAGGAGGUCUGUUAACUUGACCAUCUUUUCAGUGAUGAGACUAUAUUGGGAAUUAUGGACAAAAACAUUGGAGAGCAGCUUAACAAAGCUUAUGAAGCCUAUCGACAAGCAUGCAUGGAUAGGGACCAUGCUGUGAAAGAACUACAGCAAAAAACAGAAAACUACAUGCAGCAAAUACGUGAACAGCAGGAAAAGAUAGAGCUUCAAAAUAGCGUUAUUGCAAAACUGAAAUCACAGUUAGCUGCUCUGAAUGCUAAUAGAGGUAAUGUGCAUCCCUACAUUCUCAUGCACGAAGACAUUGAAACCUCCAACUUAUCUUUCAGCCAGCUCUCUGAAAAACUGAAUGUAGCAAAGCAGAGAGAAAAACUCUUAAAGGAACAGUUAGAAAGUGAGAGCAUGAAGUUGAAGCAACUUGAGGACAAAAACAAUCAAAAGGAAAGGAAGCUUAUAUCUAUAAUUUCCAACCAAGAAGAUAAAAUAAGAACUCUGGAAAGCAAAUUGGAAGAAUUAAAUGAAGCACAAAAGGGUACACAGAUGCCAACAUAUAAAAGGGAGGUGAAAAGUAAGAAAGUUCUUCCAGAUAAGCCUGAAUUAUCUUUAGGGAUCUCUGGUAUUUCUCCUAUGCCUGAAAGGGAGAAUCUGGAGACUAUUUUCCAGGACAUGAAAGAAGAGUGUCAUCGAAUAUGUAUGCUAGCCAGAGAACAAACAAACCAACUGUGUAAAUUUAAGAUAAAGCCAGAACCUGAAACUGAAAUACAGUUUUCCAUGCCAAUACAGUGUACUGAUAAAACUGAUGAACAAGCAGAAGAGCUUUUUAAGCCUCGGGUUAUAAAGGAUAUAAAUAGAGGUGUAUCAUGCAUCACAUCUAUCACACCAAGAGGAGUGGGCCAAGAUGAGGACAACAACUCUGUAGAAUCACUUUCUAAAUUUAAUGUCAAGUUUCCACCUACAGACAAUGACUCUGCUUUCUUGCAGAGCACUCAGGAAAAACCAACAGCUCCUUGUACUGGUAAAGCUGAAAACAUGCUUCAAGAUCAUCAUUUUAACCUGGAGCACAGAGACCAAUUGAAACCUAACUCAUUUGAAGCUCAUGGAGUUGAUCUCAUGACCUCAGCUUUACAAAGCUUAACUACUGUUGACAAAACAAACCCCCCAAAUCAUGCAAACAUGCCCAUAGAAAAUAUCUGUGACAAAACAUGUUUAAAAACAGCAGACGCUGAUUUCACAUUUAUACCUAAGCACACAAACCAGAGUGUACCUGAAGUAAUUUUUUCAUCUUUAGAAGCUGCUGGGACAACUGUCAGAGGUCCUCAUCAGCUCGUUUGGCAGCCUCAAGACAAUUAUUUGCUGGCACAAGCUUAUACAGACUCUGAACUGAAUCAGUGUGGAAUAUGUGAAUUCUGUCGAGAAGUUUUCCCACCAUCUAUAACAUCUAAGGAAGAUUUCCUUCGGCAUCUGAAUUCCCACUUUAAAGUACAGUCUUAAUAUAUGAGAAUUCAAUGGAUCACUGUUUUUGCAUACAUUUGACUUCUUUUAUUCAAUAGAUAUACUAAGAAUUUAAGAACUGAGACUUCUUAUAACAACAACUCAUGACUGAAAUUGUUUGUCAGAUAAGCAAAUUUUUAGUUGUCCUUUGACAAGGUAAAAUGAAGCUGUAAGUCACUCAGUACUGUAACUCACAUUAUUGCUUUUUAUGCUUCUUGUGCUUCAAUAGUAGCUUUGAGAGUUAUCUUAAACACUUUCCCUCCCUCCCCCCCCCAGUUUAUCAUUGCCUGAAUAGGCCCAAAGUCAUUACUAUAUUUAUGAGUGUAGACUUGUAAACUUGCAGGAUUCAUGCCUUAGUCUGGCUGGGGAAAGGAGUGUAAUGCUAGGAUUUUUUUUUCUCUGUAUCCAGUUAUGUGAUUCUGUUCUCCUGUAAGUAAACAGGAAUAGAAAUAGGCUCUCACUUUUCCUUUUGUUAUAACAUUUCCAAAUUGAAUUUACAAUAGUGAAGUUCUUAAUUCAGAUUGUUGUAAAAUAGUCACAGUAACUGAAUGCCAGGUGUGCCAAAAUUAGGAUGGGCUUGUUCACUAAUAACAUAAAUGAAUGGUUGACUUUCGCCCGUGAAUUGUUUACUAUAGAGAAUAAUCAAACACAGUAUAUAAAUGACUGAUUUGCCAAAAUAUAACAGUAGCAAUUUCAUGUAUAUUUGUUAGGUGUUAUUAAAAAUAAUUAUUUUGUUCAUGUACCUUUCUAGCAUUAAUAAUUAGUAAAAAUAUUUUAAUGGGAAAAGGUUAUAUUAGUAGGAAACAGAGUGAGAAAACUCUCCCUAAAACUAAUAAUAUCAAGAUUAUUUACCAUUCCUUCUGCUGUGCUAUGAAGGACUGCUCAAGUCUGAGACAACUUCGAAAGGGGAAACCUAAUCAACCAAAUCUCGGUGACUUCUUUUUAACCUGAAUAUGCUUAGUGGCUUUCUCAGUGCAGUUUAAAUUCAUCUGUAGUUGAAACAUUGCAUUCUGAUAAACUUUGCACAUUUUCUGGAGUUAUUUGGAUCAAAUUAAAAAGUGGAGGGUUUUUACUAAGUAAUUUAAAUUAAAUUAUAAAGGAUGACUUUUUGCAUUGGAACUGAAUAUAGGUUUUAGUCCUAAUAUUUUAUAAUGAGCAUUAAUAUUUUCAUAGCAGCAAAGCACAGUUUCUCUUUUUAAAUAUUUGUUUGCAGGUGACCAAUUUAUGGAAGAAUUAACACCUGCAUGAUUUUUAGAAAUGUGAUUUUUCUGCAAUUAUUGUCACUAUUUUAAACAUCUCAUCCUUGUGACUGGCUGUCAACAGAGCAUAUUGUAAUAAACAGCAGUGUACAGUGCACGUCUGCUACAUGACCUGGAGAAAGAGUUUGUUACUAUUAACAGCUCUCAACCCCCGCCGGUACUCAGAGCUGAGGGGGAUACGUUCAUCCCUGGACUCGCCGUGUGGCGUGUGAAGUACCUCCCCGGAGAGCACGGCUGGGGGUGGUUCCUUGGAGAGGCAGAAGUUCCAGGAUUGGGAGGAGAGAAGAGGAUUUGCACAUCUCCAGCCAGCCUGACACAAAAUCAACUUGUCCUCUCCACCGCGAAAUUCGAGCUCAGGAGCUCACGUUAUUAAAAGCUGAACAAACUGCGAA